CUGGGUGAAAAGCGGCCGAGUUGCGUUCAGAGACAGUUUGACCUUUCAUUGUUAGUUACAGUUAUUUAGUUUUAGGUUUGUUUUGGAGUUCUCAAAACAUUAAAUACAAUUACAACAUUAAUUUAUACUGCGCAGUUAGUGGACAAGAACAUCUUGCAGCCAGCAGGAGUUUCAGUGCAAAUGGGCGGCGUUUUAUACUGGACAAGGAAUACCUAAACGCUCCCGAUUCAAGCUGUAAUUUCCACCUGUCGGCGCGGUGCCGACCCAACCACCAUGGCUAUAUUGUUCAACUUUCCAUAUAUGUCGUGGCGGCUCUUUUUGGAGUAGUUCGCCUGUUUGUGGUGAUCCGGCCUGCCGUCCUGAACGCUGUCUGAAGCGAUGCCUUGACUGAGAUGAGUGUGAAGGCUUUUGAGCUAGUCCCCGCUGUGGAGCGAGAUCUCCUCAUGGGCGACAAGGCUCGCAUCAACAUCGAGUGCAUUGAAUGCUGUGGAAAGCACUUGUACAUGGGCACCAAUGACUGCUUCAUUCACCACUUCCUGCUGGACGAGGUCACUUCCUCCAAAGGGAAACUGAGCUACUCUGCUCAGAAGCUGCUGCACAAAUAUCUUGGCCUCAAGAAACCAGUUGCUGAGUUGCGUGCUGCCUCCGCUUUGGAGCGUCUAAUUGUGCUUUGCGAUGGAAUAGUGUUCCUGGUCGACAUGGUGACACUGGAGACCGUGCCGUCGGCAGCAGGAGGUGGAGCCAAGAUCAGAGGUGUGGCAGCGUUCUGCGUUAAUGAGAACCCGGUUAACGGUGAUCCGUUCUGUGUGGAAAUGGGUGUCCUCUCCUCCAAGCGGCGGACGGUGCAGAUUUACAUGGUGUAUGAGGACAGAGUGCAGCUGGUCAAAGAGGUGACCACUCCCGAACAACCCUGUGCCAUCAGUGUUGACGGUUACUUCUUGUGCCUGGCCCUCGCUACACAGUACAUGAUUCUGAACUACAACACAGGAGCCUCCCAAGACCUCUUCCCUUACAACAGUGAAGAGAGGAGACCCAUUGUGAAGAGGAUCGGCAGGGAGGAGUUCCUCUUAGCAGCACCAGGUGGUCUGGGAAUGUUUGCCAAUGCAGAAGGAGUAUCUCAGCGAGCUCCGGUCAACUGGUCAGAGAGCGUGAUUGGUGCUGCUGUGUCUUUUCCGUACGUGGUGGCUUUGGAUGAAAGCUUUAUCACCGUCCACAGCAUGUUAGACCAACAGCUAAAACAAACCCUUUCAUUCAGGGAUGGACACAUUCUGCAAGACUUUGAAGGAAAGGUCAUUCUGGCUUCCACUAAGGCGGUGUAUGUCCUGGUACCCCUGCCCCUCGAGAGACAGAUCCAAGACUUACUGGCCGGUCACAGAGUGGAGGAGGCGCUCAUCCUCACAGAGGGAGCGCAGCAAAAUAUUCCAAAAGACAAGUUCCAGAUUUUGCACAAAAGAAUCCUCCAGCAGGCGGGUUUCAUACAGUUUGGCCAACUUCAGUUUUUGGAAGCAAAAGAACACUUCAGGAAGGGUCAGCUGGAUGUGCGGGAGCUGAUAUCCCUCUACCCACUGUUGCUGCCCGCGUCCUCUUCGUUCACACGCUGCCACCCUCCUCUCCAUGAGUUUGCAGAUCUCAACCACUUGGCACAGGGCGACCAGGAAAAAGUGCUGCGAUGCAAGAAAUUCCUUAUCAGUUAUUUGGGCGAGGUACGGAGCACAGAGGUGGCCAAUGGCUGUAGAGAGGACGUGGACACUGCGCUGUUAAAGCUGUAUGCUGAACAGGAUCAUGACAGCCUUCUAGACCUGCUAGCUUCAGACAACGCCUGCCUACUAGCAGACAGCAUCCCAUGGCUGGAGAAAUAUCACAAAUAUUUUGCACUUGGGCUGCUCUAUCAUUAUAAUGGUCAGGAUUCGGCAGCACUUCAGUUGUGGAUUCGCGUGGUAGAUGGGGAUUUGCAGGACUCCACAAGAUCUGGCCUUUAUGAGUACAUUGUGGACUUUCUCUGCUCCUGCUCCAACCUGGACCUUGUAUGGAAGUAUGCAGACUGGGCCUUGCAGAAGGAUCCCACCAUAGGUGUCCACAUCUUUACUAAGAGGCCUGCCAGUAAAGAUCUACCAGACCUGAACCCUGAUGAUGCCAUCACUUACCUGGGGAAGCACAGCCAGCCGCUGCUUCUCUACCUGGAACACCUGGUGCUGGAGAGAAGGAUGAAGAAAGAGAAGUUCCACACGCACCUGGCCGUGUUGUACCUGGAGAGGGUCUUGUCACUGCUGUCGAAGUCGCCAACGGAUGAAGAGCGGCUCACCAGAGCUAGAGAAAGGCUCCAAGCUCUGCUCAGGGAGUCCAACCUUUACCGUGCACAGUUUCUUUUAGGUAAGAUGGAGAACUGUGAACAACUGCUGCUAGAGCGUGCAACACUACAUGGAAAAUUGGAGGAGCAUGAUAAAGCUCUGCACAUAUUGGUACACAAGCUGAGAGACUACCAGUCUGCUGAGGCCUUCUGUAUAUGGGCCUCUUCUUGUCGGGAUUCUUCUUACCGACAGCAUCUAUUUCACCUCCUCUUGGGGGUGUAUCUAGACCGAAGCCUUCCUGAAAAAUCCCAGGAAGCAGCAGGGGGUGGAGACCUGGAGAUGGCGGCAGUGGAUCUCCUAAAUCGGCAUGGCGAGGUGUUCGAUGCAGUCCGUGUCCUGCGCAUGCUUCCUGAGGGCUGGUCACUGCAACUGCUCCGGCCCUUUCUGGGUCGAGCCAUCAGGGCCAAUAUGCAUGCCUGCCGCACCUCCCAGAUCGCUGUUGGGCUAGCCCACUCUGAAAACCUUCAACUGCUGCAUGACAGGUUGAAAGACCGGAAGAAACCAAUCGUUGUGUCUGAAAAAAAAGGGUGCCACCUGUGCCACAACACCUUCAGUGAGCCGGACGUGGUGUGUCUGCCAGGUGGAGUGCCUGUCCACACUCACUGUGUCGCCCAGAGAGUGAGAGACUCUCCCACAAAGAGACGGUUAACUAAUAGCAGUAACCAUACGUGAUACUUGACCCUGUAAACUACCCUGUGAGCUGUGAGGCACCAAACUAAAGGACCGUGGGGAUAACAAAGAGCACAGAACACCCAUUGCCAUAGUAAAGUCUGCUGUGGAGUUAAUGAGAAAUGCAAAGAAAGCUGUGUGUAUGUGAGUAUGUGUAUGUGAGAGUGCAAGGGAGAAACGGAGGAUUUCUUCUAUUUAUUCCUGUGCCGCAAUUAUACCACACUGUCAGACUGCAAGUUUUUAAUAGAAGUAAGAAACAACAGCAAAGUCAGCCGGCCCAUUUAUCCACUUAAACAGAUAAUGAAUUAAAGAAAGGCCCCUGUGCUUAUCUGUGUGGUUCAGGACUGUACAGGUCAUCGAAUUUGAGAAACUGCUUGAACUACAGAAAACAAAAUAUUUAAAAUCUGUUGCAAAUAUUUCUGAAGCAUGCGUAGUAUUACCACUCUUACAAUUCUGGUCUAAUCCCCUCAUAUAGGUAUUGUAUUAAUAUUGUCCUGACUUGCACAUUGCCGUGUUAGCUUUUUUUUUUUUUAAUGUCAAAUACUACAUGGAAUCAUCAGUACGGAUGGAAAUGGAGUCUUUUAUGUCAGUCUUUUACUCUGAGAUCUGAUCUCGCUGCUGCUAAGGAUCCAGACUUAUUAGUGAACAGAGUUAGGAAACAGUGUGUCUGUGGCGCAACAACAGUGUAAAACACUACAUGAAAUUAUGACUCAAACUACUUCAAGGACCCUCAGACUGACCCUCUAAACACAAAUCAAAUAAUCUUUACUGAUAAUAUGUCAGCAGAUGUGGAGACUAUCAUCAAACCAUGUGAAAUCAAGCUCCAUACAUUUUGGCUGGUUUUGAGUAACACAUUAAAUCCAUCGAGAGGGAUCUUCAACGCUCGCCUGCUCUCAUAGAUCCAUUUUGCUUGUUGGACUAGAGAACGUAGUGGUAAAGUUAUAGUUAAUUUUAAAUUCUAUCGACGCAAAACAAAUGUCAAUCAGUGGAAAACCUAAAUAAUAUUUAGAAUUUAAGUUUGCCAAUUUGAAUGAUGUGUGAUAAUUGUAAGUAAUCUUGGUCAUUACUACUUAUGGGUUAUUCAGGUAUUUUUUCACAGUUUAUAUAUUGUGAUGUAAUAGAUUUCCAUUUUUAUAUAAGCUGUAAAAAUGUAUUUGACCACAAGAGGGCAGUAGAGUGUAAUUUAUUUGAAACAAAUCAAAUGUACUUUAAUGGAAAUUAUUUCAUGGUAAUCUUUAUCAUUAUUCUAAUAAAUGCCUUGGAUUUCUUUCAUGGUUAAAAAGAACGACAGCAAAUAUAUUGUUUGGAACGAAUACUCCAAACCUGUCACAUCUUUUUCUUUCAGAUUUUUAAACACAUACUCUGGUUUUGUUUAAAGGACAUGCUUUGAAAGUCAACUGUGCUAUUAUGAAAGAUGAAAAGUGUACAGAAUUGGCAUGGCACAGAUUGAGCAGGCAAUGAGGAUGAAUUUCUACCCCAUUCCUUACCAAAGUAACCAAUGACUCGAAAAAUGUCUGUCUCAUAAUGCAUGAUAUUGCACUGCACAUAACUCCUCAGCUUUUAUUAAUUUAUGGGAAUUAAGAGAAAAAAACAUUUACAGCUCUGAUGGUCUAAGAACAACAUGUGGCUUGAUGCAUAUCUCUUAUAACUGCUUUAAUCUUUUCACCAUGACACACCUCCCAAAAACAGAAAGAAGUGGAAGUAUUAUAUCGUAGGAAGUCCUAAAAUUGUUAACAGGUUUGUCAUCACAGGAGACCACAUUGUCCUUCGGUGUUUUAACAAUAGAGCACAGCUUGGACCUCAUAAGUGUUUCUCCCAGACAGACUUAAUUUAUGGCAGAUGCAUAAUCUGUGUUGCUAAAUUGUGUGAACAGUCAGAAAUCAGGGACGUAUUCUUAAAUUUCUGCUGGAGGUGAAGCUUUGCUAAAAAGAUGUUUAUGUCAAACUAUCUCGCUUUGAAAAAGUGUGUUAGACGAGCUGGCAGAGGACGCAUGAAUUUCAUUAAAGAGCAUUUAGAGAAAAGCCAGACAAAAACUAAACAUGUUAUGUAAAGCUGCUGUACACAGAAUACACUCAUUAUAAAGUUAAAUCAUUGUGUACCUCCAUGUUUUCUUUUUCAUAAUUAACACUUGUCUCUUGUCCUAGAUAUGUGUCUCGCACUGAAGAUGCCCACCCAGAUUUACAGUUAUAAAUAAAAAGCAAUAUUGAUGAUGGUAACUUCUCUAAGAUUAGAAGACGUGACGAUGAAUCUUUACCCCUUACACACUACAAACUGUGUACAAGAUAUUCAUUAAAAUUUUGUCUGAAAAAGAAAAUUGGUCAGUAUUCCCAAAAACAAGCCUCCAUCCACUAUAAUUUUCUUUUAAAAACAAGCAAAAAGAACAUAAGUGUGUCUCCUCAGUUUAUUUUGAACUUUACAAUUGUCCAACGUUCCUAAACACAUCACUGUUGUGGGGUUUGCUUGUUUUUCUGGUGCCUGUGCUGUUGUUGCUAGCCUUCUGUAAUUGCAUUACAUUUCUGUGAGGGAACUUUGUGCAAACAUGGGACUAUUUUUCGAACAUGGAGAUCUGAAUAGUGUUGAUUCUGUUGGCUUGAGUCACUUUCUAUGACAGAAAUUCACAGCUUAUGCACAGCAUCUUUCUAUCUGAACAGUUUAAGUGUAUCUUGCUUAAAGGCCUCUUAACCAUGACAUCAAAUAAUUAAAAAAUACAGUACAGUUGUGUGAAAAGAAAGUACAACUAUUGUAUUUUAUAAAUAUAUGUAUACUGGUAUGUAUAUACUGCAUUUGUACUUGUUUGUUGCUUUCUAAAUCAAUGUGGAUGGAGUGUACAAACAGUAAAUCCGUCCCAUUUUAAUAAACAUAAAACUAUAUCAA